AUCAGAGCAGAGUUUGACGUCCACGCGGAUAUUUAGCAGAGACGGACCAAAGCGCGUCAUCUGAGAACAACACAGAUCAUGCAGAAGACUUUCUGAUGCCGGCACAUUUCACAGAAAGACGUCAGAGCAAGAAGACAAAGGGUGUGUUUGUUUUGUAUUCUGAGCUGGUCAGGUGUAAGCAGCAUCAUGGGCCCAGGACGGGUGGAGUCAAAGUUCCUUCCUAUCUGUCACAAAGAAGAAAACACAUCACCAUGUGGGACUGAUGGAAAGAUCUCCCGUUCACAUUUGAACCCUCGUGACUGCAGCUCAUGGCUGUGAAGUUCAGUGCAAUUCAACCCUCUGUCAGGAUCAGAGGACGCUCUCCACUCAGUUUGUUGCUUCAUUUCCUGUUCAGCUUUUUUGGCUUCAGAUGAAGGACGGGACUGUUCGGCUGUGGGACAUAGAGAACAUGGAAGAUAUCCCAGAGGUCAUGAAGAGGAACGCGGAGGGAGCGGGAAUUCACAUCCUGAAGUGUGAAGAGUGUGGAAAGCCAUUCCCAGUGUCCAGACUGCUGACCUCAGAGCUGUUCACGCAGUGCGUCUUCUGUCGCCUUAAAUCGCCACCCAGAUACCGACCGCAGCCGCCACCGCUUACAUGACUUCCUGUGCAGGAGGAAAUGUUGUACUAAGUUUUGCAAGGUCUAGUUUUUAAACUGAAAAUCGAAUCUGAUAUUAAAAUGAUUUCGAGUAUGAAACUCUGUAAUCCUGGUUCUGAUAAAGCUGCUGUAUAAAUAAAUGUGAUGACGCUUAUGUGCAAGUUCUUUGAGGAGAGUCUGGAGUCGCACAUCUGUCUGCUUCCCAGAUGUUUGGUGGUUCAUAUAAGCUUUACAUCAC